UCGCGCGAGUGACUUUCGAUAUGGCUCUUCGAACUGUGCUUUCUUCUAAAAUUCCUAUGGUGAUAAUAUUAGGUGCAACAGGAACAGGCAAAACUAAAUUAAGUGUUGAAUUAGCUCAGAAACUUGAAACCGAAAUUAUCAGUGCAGAUUCUAUGCAGAUUUAUAAGGGUCUGGAUGUGGUCACAGCGAAAGCAACUCGCCGUGAACAGGAGAUGGUGAAGCAUCACCUUCUGGAUAUUCUGGAGCCGCAUAAUAUGUUCACAGUGGUUGACUUUCGAAAUAGAGCGCUGAAAAUUAUUGAUAAUCUCACUGACCAAGGAAAAGUUCCCAUAAUAGUCGGAGGAACAAACUACUACAUAGAAUCGAUUGUCUAUAGAAUACUUGUGGAAGAUAUGGACGAUCCAGAAUCUUUAUUGUGGGAUAAGAAUAAACGAAAAAGAGAUUUCGACGACGAAAAUACAGACCAUGAUUUGUUAGAAGUCAAACGAGCUACUAAAGAUACAGUACCUUCAACUUCAGAAAUCAGUAGUAACAUUGGUGAAAAAGUAAAAACUGAAGCCUGUUUGCAAACUGAAGAUAAUACUCAAGUACUUGACAAAGAAAAACUUAAAAUAGAUAUAGAUAAUGAAAAGAACUUUACAAACGAAGAAAUCCAUGCAAAAUUGAAGGAGAUAGAUCCUGAUAUGGCUGCGCGUUUACAUCCAAACAACAGGCGAAAAGUCAUAAGGUCAAUCGAGGUGUGGUUGAAGUCAGGUCGACUCCACAGCGAGAUACUUGCUGAGCAGAAACUGAGCGAAGGUCAGCUGCGAAGACCUGGUGCGACCGUCAUAUUCUGGCUCAAAUGUGAACAGACAGUCCACGAUGAAAGAUUGAACAGUCGCGUAGAUCAGAUGCUGGAAGAGGGACUGAUACAAGAGCUGUUGGAGUUCCACGCCAAGCACAACAUGCAGAGGAUAAAAGAUGGAAAACCUCCUGAUUACACGAAAGGCAUUUUCCAAACACUUGGCUUUAAGGAGUUUCACGAUUAUCUGAUGCUGGAUGUGGAACAGAGAGAUGCAGCAGAGGGUAAAAAAUUAUUGCAACAAAGUAUAGAAAAUAUGAAACAAUCCACCAGAAGGUACGCCCGGAGGCAAAACAAGAUGAUCAGGGGGAGAUUUCUGGAACAUCCGUUCAGAGAAGUGCCUCCAAUUUACGAGCUUGAUACGACAGAUGUAGCGAAUUGGGAUGAAAAUGUUAAAAACAAAGCGGUCCACGUUAUUGAUAGUUACAUAAAAGGAAGUAAAUGCGACUACAAGCCUAUAGAGGUUAUUAUAGAUGAAGAUAAAAAGAAAAUAGAUGCAAACUCUUCAAAUUAUUGUAAUAUUUGUGAAAGAAUUAUAAUAGGAGACAAAACAUAUGAAAUCCAUCUCAAAUCUCACAAGCACAUGAAGGUACUUAAAAAGAAGAAGAGAUUAGAAGAAAAAAACAAAGCAGAUCUGCAAUAAUACUGACUUGUUACUGUGUGCAAAUUAAUAUAAAAUGUAAUGAAUAA